AUGGCUACCCCUAGUGUCCUAGCUUUUGACGCUGAGGGUCGCGCCAUUGAUUUUGAGGUCUGGUUAGACGACCUGCAGCUGUUCUUACAGUGCGACAGGGCUGACGACCUUUCUCUCUUUGACCUCACCUCUGGCGCCUCUCCUGCUCCUGCUGCUGAUGCUGAUCCCACUGUCCGCUCUAAGUGGGCCACCCGCGAUGCUGCUGCACGUCUUGCUGUGCGUCGCCACCUCCCUACCUCUGAGCGUGCGCACUUUAGUCAGUACAAGAGUGCUCACACCUUGUACGACGCUGUAGUUGCGCGCUACUCCUCCCCUGCCACUGCUGCACUGAGCCGUCUCAUGCUUCCCUACCUCUUUCCUGACCUCUCUGCCUUUCCCACUGUCGCUGACCUCAUUACGCACCUCCGCACUAGUGACACUCGCUACCGCGCCGCCCUUCCUGCUGAGUUCUGCGCUAAGAACCCCCCCCCCAUGUACAUCGCUCUCUACUACGUAGUCACGCGCCUCCCUGACUCCCUUCGCGUCGUCAGGGACCACUUUCUCGCAGUCUGUCCCACCACCCUCACCGUCGACCUCCUCGAGAAGGCCCUCCUCGCAGCGGAGAAGAGCAUAGUCGCUGUAGGUGCUUCUCGUGGUGACCCUCGCACCCCCAUCUUUGAGGGGUGCUCUCCUUCCCCCUUGCUGCCCUCUGUUGCCUCUGCUGCUGCUGCCGACCUGCUUGGUCUUGAGUCGGUCGGCGCGGCGUCUGCCCCUAGUGGGAGACGUCGCUCCAGCAAGGGCAAGGGGGGCAAGGGCGCGGGUGGAGCUGGAGGGAGCGGUGGCGGUGGCGGCGGUGGCGGCGGAGGGAGUGGGGGUGGCGGCGGGACUAGUGGCGGGAGUGGUGGUGGUGGUGGCAGCAGUGGCGGAGACGGUGGUGGUGGUGCCAGCGUUGGUGGUGGAGGCAGCGGCGGAGGUGGAGGAGGCGGAGGCGGCAGCGGAGGAGGCGGUGGUGGUGGAGGAGGUGGAGCUGGUCGAGGUGGUACCCAGCAGCGUAGCGGCGGUGGUGGUGGCCAGCGCUCGCAGCGGCAGCAGCAGCAGCGCUCGCGGGACAUCCCUCCGCCUCAGCAGCUUCGUGAGUGGUACGCUGGGCGUCAGAGGGGUGGGGGUACUGGUCCCUGCACCUACGUUCUUCGUUCCGGCGACCGCGCGGGUGAGCAGUGUGGGGGUGCCCACGCCACCCAGCGCUGCUUUGGCCGCCUGACGGACGCUUGGCGUCAGCAGUUCCCUGGGGCUAGUGAGAUCCCUCGCUGGGAUGAGCUUCUCAGGGCUGGUGUAGCGAUCUUUGAUCUUGAUUUUGAUGCUAUCCUUGCUGCUAUGUAUGUUGUGGAUUAUAGUGAGGAGACUGAGGGUUACCGUUGUUUCCAGCCCGACCCGGGCAUUGGUACUGCUGCGCUAGGUGCUUGUGAGGCUGCUGCUCUAGGUGCCAGUGCGUCUGUGCUCUCAGGUACUGGUGAGACUGCGCUCUCAGGUACUGCGUCGUCCUCGUCCUCCCUCACUUUCACACUUGACUCCGGCGCUUCUCGCUCCUUCUUUCGAGACCGCACUACCCUUACGCCGCUCGGCCGGCCGGUUGCGGUCUCCCUUGCUGACCCCUCUGGGGGUCCUGUCCUGUCUCACUUCUCCACUGUCCUCCCGUGUCCGGCUGCCCCUUCGGGCACCCUGUCUGGUCUGUACCUUCCCUUGUUCUCUACGAACUUAGUAGCUGCGUCAGGUCAGGUGCUUGCUGCUGCGUCGCGGUCAGGUCCUGAGUCUGCCCCCUGUUCUUGUCGCCUCCUGUCUCACGAGACUCUCCUGUGGCACCACCGUCUUGGCCACCCCUCCUUGCCCCGUCUUCGGAGCAUGGCUUCCCGUGUCCUUGUCUCUGGUCUUCCCCAGUCUCUCCCUCCUCUCCCCUCCGGGCCAGGACCUUCCUGUGUCCCCUGUGUCGAGGGUCGCCUCCGGGCUACUCCUCACUCCUCCCACUUCCCCCCGACAGAGGCUCCCCUGCAGACGCUUCACAUGGAUGUGUGGGGCCCAGCCCCCGUCCGUGGGCAGGGAUACGAGCGCUACUUCCUGUUGGUGGUUGACGACUACUCGCGUUACACCACAGUCCUCCCCUUGCGCAGCAAGGGUGCGGUCACUGAGGUGCUGAUCGACUGGAUCCGCGAGGCUCGUCUCCAGCUCAGGAAGAGCUUCGGCUCGGACUUUCUUGUUAUGCGUCUGCACUCGGACAGAGGCGGAGAGUUCUCUUCUCGCCUCCUGCGGGACUACUGUCGUGCGCGGGGGAUCCGCCAGACCUUCACGCUUCCGGACUCACCACAGCAAAAUGGGAUUGCUGAGCGCCGCAUUGGCAUGGUCAUGGAUGUCGCUCGUACGUCCAUGAUGCAUGCGGCUGCCCCCCAUUUUCUGUGGCCGUUUGCGGUGAGGUACGCGGCGCAUCAGCUCAACCUUCACCCCCGGGUCUCUCGGCCUGCGAUGUCCCCAGCCUUGCUGUGGACGGGGAAGGUUGGCGAUGCGUCUGUGUUCCGUGUCUGGGGAUCUCGGGCGUUUGUCCGCGACUUGUCUGCGGACAAGCUGUCCCCUCGUGCUGCUCCCUGUGUCUUCCUUGGCUUCCCCACUGACGCCCCAGGGUGGCAGUUUUACCACCCCUCCUCUCGUCGUGUUCUGUCCUCCCAGGACGUCACGUUCGACGAGUCAGUCCCCUUCUACCGUCUCUUCCCCUACCGCACUCCUUCCCUCCCCCCUCCCCUGGACUUCCUUGUGCCGGUUCCUCCCCCGGUAGACCCCCUCCCCCCUCAGGUUCCCGCCCCCUCAGGUGUGUCCCAGGUAGACGCCGUUGACCCGGUCGAGGUUACUGGUGACUCUGGUGCUGCUGCGGGUGCUGAGCCUGGGGGUGCUGACUCUGGGGGUGCUCUGCGAGGGGGUGCUGAGCCUUGGGGUGCUACUGCUGGGGGUGCUGGGCCUGAGGGUGCUACUGCGGAGGGUGCUGAGCCGGGGGAUGCUGUGCCUGGAGGUGCUGGGUCGGGAGCUGCUGAGCCUGGAGGUGCUGGGUCUGGGGGUGCUGGGUCGGGAGCUGCUGAGCCUGGGGGUGCUGUGCUGGGAGUUGCUGAGCCUGGGGGUACUGCGUCUGGAGCUGCUGAGCCUGGAGUUUCUCCUGCUGCUGCGUCUCGCCGGGAGCCCCUCUCUCCACAGGAGCUGCGCGAGUGGUUCGCUCGCCGCUGGAGACGUGCUGCUGCGUCCGGAGGUGCUACUGGAGCUGGAGCUGGAGCUUCUUCGACCGUCGAGGGUGCGGGUGCUGCCGGCCCCGGAGCUGCUGGACCUGCGGGUCCUCCUGGAGCUGGGACUGCUGAGGGCGUUGGUGCUGAGCCUACUGCUGUUGGUCCUGCCGCUGGAGGUGUGGGUGGCACUGGUGCUGUCGCUGGGAAUGCUGGUGCUGUCCCUGCUGAGUCUGGAGCUGCCGCGCGGCCUCGGCCGUACUUCGUUCCGCUCCUGCAGCAGGUUCUUGGUCUUUCUCCUCUAGUAGAGGGUCCACCGCCUGUCCAGUCGCAGUCCCUGCUGGAGCCUUCCUCUCCACUGCCUGCUCCCUCUCCUUACACUGGUCCUACUGGAGGUCUUGCUGAGCGUCGUGAGCCUGCGUCUCGUCCCGCGUCGCCUGUUCGUGCUGCUCGCGCUAGUGGUCGCAGUUCGCGUCAGCGUCCUCCUCCUGUCCCUGGCACGCACCAGAUGUCUUUGCGUCCGUCCACUGCCCCUCUGCGUGCCCCUUUGCCUUCUCCUCCUGAGUCCUCUCUUCCUGCGCUUGCCGACCCUGAGUCGGACUCUCUUCGUGCUGCCAGUCCUACUGUCACGCGUCUGCUUGCUACUGUCGUCACUGACCCCUCUUUUGAGUCCACUGCUGCGUCUGCUCUAGUCGCUGAGCUCGUCGACUUUGCUGCUCGCUGUCGUCUCGACUACGCUGCUAGUCUUGUUGCUGAGUCUGCGUCUGUCUGUCCUCCGUCCGUCGGGGGUGAGUGUGCUCUUUGCACGGACGUCCUAGAGGACAGGCAGGAGGAGUUACAGUGUCUAGCGGCUGCUUCACCUCAUCUCGCGUCUGUACUGCUUGCCCCUGAGGGAGACCCGGAUGCACUAGACAUCCCGACUCCGCGUUCUUACGCGGAGGCCGUAGAGGGUCCCUACUCCUCUCAGUGGCAGGCAGCUAUGGAUGCAGAGAUGGCUUCCUGGAAGUCCACAGGCACCUACGUUGACGCGGUUCCCCCUCCUGGGGCGAACAUCGUCAGUGGCAUGUGGAUCUUCAGGGUGAAGCGGCCGCCGGGCUCUCCACCUGUCUUCAAGGCACGGUACGUUGCUCGUGGCUUCAGUCAGCGGCAAGGAGUUGACUACUUUCAGACCUUCUCUCCCACCCCGAAGAUGACUACUCUUCGGGUGCUGCUGCACAUAGCCGCUCAGCGCGACUACGAGCUUCACUCUCUCGACUUCAGCACUGCGUUCUUGCAGGGUAGCCUGCACGAGGAGAUCUGGCUUCGCCGUCCACCUGGCUUCACUGGGACUUUCCCUCCUGGCACCCAGUGGAGCCUCCGACGGCCAGUCUACGGUCUCCGCCAGGCACCGCGUGAGUGGCACGACACACUGAGGACUAUGCUUGCGGCUCUUGGGUUUGCUCCUUCUACUGCUGACCCGUCGCUGUUUCUUCGCACCGACACUUCCCUGCCGCCGUUCUACAUCCUCGUGUACGUCGACAACUUGGUCUUUGCCACAGCGGACACUGCUGGACUCGCCUACGUGAAGUCCGAGCUGCUGAAGAGACACACGUGCACAGACCUGGGUGAACUGCGCAGCUACCUUGGCUUGCAGAUCACUCGGGACAGAGCACGCCGCACCAUUACCUUGACUCAGUCACACAUGGUGCAGCAGGUCCUUCAGCGCUUCGGCUUCACGUACUCCUCGCCUCAGGCCACUCCUCUGCCUACUCGCCACUCACUCUCAGCUCUGCCUUCGGAUGAGUCCGUAGAGUCGAGUGGUCCGUAUGCAGAGCUUGUUGGCUGCCUCAUGUACCUGAUGACCUGCACACGACCUGACCUUGCAUACCCUCUGAGCAUUCUUGCACGCUAUGUUGCUCCUGGGAGACACAGACCGGAGCACAUGGCUGCAGCGAAGAGGGUAUUGCGCUACCUGUGCAGUACGUCGGGCAUGGGGCUAGUGCUUGGAGGGCGGAGUCCAGUGGUCCUUACCGGCCACGCGGACGCUUCUUGGGCUGACGACCAGGCUACGCAGCGGUCGUCACAGGGUUACACCUUCAGCCUUGGUUCCGGCUCUGUCUCGUGGCGGUCUACUCGCUCGUCUUCGGUUCUCGGCUCCAGUUGUGAGGCUGAGAUCUACGCCGGGGCCAUGGCUGCUCAGGAGCUUCGCUGGCUCACCUACCUGCUGACUGACCUUGGAGAGCCGCCUCGUUCUCCUCCAGUGCUGUACGUAGACAACAAGGCCAUGCUGGCCUUGUGUCGAGAGCAGCGCUUGGAGCACAGAACGAAGCACAUUGCUCUCCGCUACUUCCUUGCUCGUGAGCUGCAGCAGCGUGGUCAGUUGCGACUUGCGUACGUGGCCUCUGAGGCCAACACUGCUGAUGUGUUCACCAAGGCACUUGCGCCUUGUGACCAUCAGCGCUUUUGUACCCAGCUGGGUCUUGUGCCUGUCUUGCCUCACUUGCUCUCUUCUUGA